AUGGCUGAGCAAUAUUUAUCUAGCUCAACUGAUAUUCCGUCCACAAUAGAUGUUGUAAAAAAAUCAACUAUAUUGGAUACUACUCUUGAUACUAAUUCUUUUAUUCGUCGUUCACUUUCAAAUAAAUUAAAUGUUACUUGUGUAACACCGACACCAUCAUCAACAGCAUCAUCAACAACUUCUCUAACGAUUUAUUGUAUUGAAACAGGUUCUGUAGCACAAUCACUUCGUCGACGACAAUCAUUAACUAAUACAACAGUGAUACCAAAUAAUAUCGAGAUUACUACGAAUCCUAUUGAUGAAGGACGUCUGCUUAACGAUAAUGAUAAACCACAAGAUUUAUUGACAGAUGUUGAAAAGACUGUUACUAUGAGCGAUGGUGAUAAUGAAUCGUUUGAUGAUGAUGACGACGAUGAUGAUGAUGAAACAAUUAUUGAUGAUUCACUAGAUCCACAAUCAUUUCCAACACUACCAAAUUAUGUCAGCUCACCAUGUCCGAUUUGUUUAGAACAAGCAGUAUUACAAGUAUCUCCAUGUUGUUAUUAUCUUUGUUGUAAUAGUUGUUGGCGUGCACAUAUAUCAUCGACGAUAAAUGAUGGACGAAUUAAAAUCCCAUGUGUAGCUAAUGAAUGUAAUAAAUAUCUAACAAGAGAAUCGAUAGUAAAUUUUGUUCGAUAUGAUCCUGUAUUACAUGAACGUUAUCUUAAAUUAUAUUUAACUUUUAAUCAAAAUCCACGUGCUAAAACAUGUCCUCGUUGUUGUCAUCUUUAUUCAUUGGAUACAAUAAAUCCAAUUCCUUUAGUAAAUAAUAAUAAUAAUAAUAAUAAAAAUGUAAAAAAACAAAAUAAUAAAAAAAUUCCAAAACAAGUUCAAUGUUCAGACUGUUCACUUGUUUGGUGUUUUCGUUGUUCGGCACCAUGGCAUGAAAAUAUGACUUGUAAACAAUUUAUAAAAGGUGAUAAACUUUUAUUAAAAUGGAUUAAUCAAAAAAAUGAAGAACAAUGGAAUGCAAGAAAAUGUCCUAAAUGUUCUUCACUUAUACAACGUGCUGGAGGUUGUCCUCAUAUGACAUGUCAAUCAUGUUCAUGUGAAUUUUGUUAUCUAUGUGGUCGACGUUAUGUACAAAUUCCAUUUAUUGGUCAACAUAGUAACAAAUUUAGUAUGUUUGGAUGUCCAUAUAAUUUUUAUCCUGAAAAACCAUGGCUUCGUCGAACAAUACGUGGUGUAAUUGCAACUAGUGUUGUUGUUGCUUCACCAGUUAUUGUAGCUGGUGCUGUAACUGCAGCUAUAACAGUUUUACCACCAUUUGGAAUUUAUAAACUUGUUAAACGUGUACGUUCUCGUCGUCAUCCACAAAUUGAAGCUACGUUUCCUAUUGGUGAACCAUUCUUAAUCGAACCUGAUCUUAAUGAUCGUGAAGCAUUAAUGCGUGCAACAUUUCAAUAUAAUUUACGUGGUGAUCUUGCAGAUGAUAUCAUGCGUGUAUUACGACAACAUACUGAAGGAUUUUCUUUUAAUCCAACUAUAGAUGACGAUGAUAAUCAAAGUAAUAAUGAAUAUAAUCAAGAUUUUCCACUAUCGAUUUUUGCUGAAAUGGAUAUUGAACAUUUAUUUUCUGAUAAUAAUAAUAAUGAUAAUGAUGAACCAAACAAUCCUCCAUUAGAUUAUCGUACAUGUCCAACUACACCAGCUUCAACUAUACGAAAAGGUCUAAGUCAAAGUUUAACUAAUUUAUCAGCGAAUUAUCGUGCAUCUCUUAAUCGUCAUCAUUCAAUAACUAUAGAACACUAA